UCAAAAGCGACGUGGUUGCUUCAAGUUUGCUAUUAAUCACUGAAACUUGUCCACAGGAAAGUGGGUUGGCCUUCAAUCUCCAGUCUUCUGACUACGCUUCCAGGUCAUCCUACUACGUGUCGAAUCGUCUAAACAACGCCAGCAAAACUGUUAUUUCGUCAUCGAUAUGACCCGAAGGUUUAUGUAGUACCUUGCAGGAGAGGGAGUGUCUCAAAUCGUACUUUUUGCAUCUUGAAACAACAACUUCAACGUGCUGAGUCAUGCAGACUGGGAGCGCUAGUCUGUUCACGUGAGACGCUGCUAUUUAAGGAAGCGAGUUCCACACCAGUGGGUCCCGAUGACGGUGAACCAGACAGGCGGUGAGGUCGAAUCUGCCGGCAGUGUCUCUGCCCGAUGACUUCAGUGUCUUUAGUAUGAAAGUUCUGGUGUCUUUCCCUCACAACUUCUACGAAUUUGGAACUUUUAUGCCUGUAAAUCUUUGAUGACCUUUCCUUAAUACCAUUAAUCGAACAUAUCAAUAUCCGAACAUAUUUGUGUGCCAGGGACUGGUAGCUCAUACUCAAUAAUAGUACCCCCACCAAGCAGCACUAUACCCUUGUCUCAAACACACCACGAUAGAGACUUGAAGCUCCCGAGCCGCUAAAAUGUGUAUUGCAUUAAUAUCUACAGCCCAUCCGUCUUAUUCGCUUAUUGUUAUCGACAAUAGGGAUGAAUACCUCCGUCGACCAACCGCCCCGGCUGAUUGGUGGCCCGAACCAAAUUCCAAUAUAUUAGGCGGCCGGGACCUGGCACGAGCUACACAAGGAACAUGGAUGGGUGUCACGAAGGAGGGAAAGAUUGCCGUUUUAACGAACUAUCGUGAAGAUACGUCCGAGAAGGCGACCGGCAACCAAAGUCGAGGUGCUAUCGUCAACGGCUGGCUUACGGUCGGCCCUGAGCCUAGAGAAUCCACUCGGGAUUUUGCGCAGAGGAUGGUAGCAAGUGCCACGGCGAAGAACGUCGGAGGAUUUAGCCUGGUGUGCGGCUAUGUUAAUGAGCCAUUGGCUGUGAUCUCCAAUCGCUCAUCCAAUAUAGAUCAGGUUACGUGGCUGGCGACAGAAAAGGGCCAAACAGUGGGACUAAGCAACACACAUUUUGAUGACCGCUCCUGGCCAAAGAUUAUCGAUGGCGAGAAGCUGAUGAUUGAAGCUAUCCAGGCACACGUCGGGGCCGGCGAGGAUGAGAAUGGACUUAUUGAUAGACUACUUGGGUUAUUAAGCAGGAAUACGCUCCCUAACCUUUCCGAAGGCGCAACUGCAGAAGACUAUCUCCCGCACUUUAGGAAGAGUAUCUUCAUCCCGAAGCUUGGGGCUAAAGAGGAACCGGCGAGGCCAUCUGAUGGAGGAGCCACGCCUUGUGCGGAGGAGAAAGCGACUGGUGCCAAACAGGGCGAUGAGCUGGACCAGUCAUACUUGCAUGGUGCGUACGGUACCCAGAAGCAAACCGUUAUCCUUGUAGGUAAAGACGGACGGGUGAGGUACUUUGAACGCACCCUUUAUGAUAAUGAGGUGAACGCUAUUCCGCUUGGCAACGGAGACCGAUCAUACGAGUUCCAAGUAACCCAAUAAUGAGAUCAGCGGCCUAUCUUGGCUGUCCUGCUCUUCUCGGUCGUGAUGAUUGUUUCUUGUAUAUAGCCAAACUGACAUGAUGCCCACUUUUACUCUGAUUUGCAGUCGGGCAUCUCAUCUCUUUUUAACGCUAGCCAUUUUACAGUAGAG